UUGUUAUUUAUCUCUUGCUCCUCUAUGUCUCUUACCUUCCCUCUCUACCCAGUAUCUCUAUCAAUCUCAUCUCUCCCCACUUCUGUCUCUCUGUUCUUGUCUCUGCCUGAUAUCUUUGUCUCUCCCCACCUCUGUCUCUCGUUGUCUCUCAGUCCCAUCUCUAUUUCUAUUUCCAUAUCUCUCCUGUCAUUGUCUCUUGCUUGGCUCUCGCUUGUGCUCUCGCUCUCUCCCCCCACCCCCUUCUCUCCAUUUCUUGGUCCUUGUCACCCUCUCUGAUCUGCUGUCUCUACCUGUCCUCUGUCAAUGUCCAUUUCUGUCCUUUUGAGUCUGGUUUCUUGUCUCUCCUGCUCUUUCUACCUCUGUCUCUGUCGAUCUCUGGGAAAGCUAUCUUUCUCCUUUUUUCUUAUGGCCCCCCACACUUCCCUGAAUCAAUGACCACCUCCUCUUGUGCUGGGGGUUGUGGGGGCAGCAGGGCACAACACUCAUAAUUCCCACCCCCCACAGGCGGCCCUUUCCUCCGGGCCCCGCCUGGUGCCAGCCCCCCCACCAGCGGGGGGACUGCGCCUGGAAGCUGUAAUGGAGGCCCUGCAGAGGCAGCAGGCAGCCCGCCUGGCCCAAGGGGUGGGGCCUUUGGCCCCUCCACACUCACUGCCACCACCACUACCUCCCUUGCCUGGCCCCCGGACCCUUCAGGCCCCUGAGGGGGUUUUGGGGGAGAUUGGGACUGAAGAAGAGGAGGAUGCUGAAGAGGAUGAGGAAGGGGAGGAAGCCGGGGCAGAGGAGGAGGCAGCCGAGGAGAGCCGUCCAGGGACACAGGGCCCCAGCUCACCUUCCAGCCAACCCCCUGGACCUCAUCCCCAUGAAUGGACCUUCGAGGAACAGUUCAAGCAGCUGUACGAGCUUGAUGGAGACCCCAAGAGGAAGGAAUUUCUGGAUGACCUGUUUAGCUUCAUGCAGAAGAGGGGGACGCCAGUGAACCGUGUGCCCAUCAUGGCAAAGCAGGUGCUGGACCUGUACGCGCUCUUUCGCCUGGUGACAGCCAAAGGCGGCCUGGUGGAAGUCAUCAACCGCAAGGUGUGGCGGGAGGUCACGCGCGGCCUCAGCCUGCCCACCACCAUCACGUCGGCAGCCUUCACUCUACGCACCCAGUACAUGAAGUAUCUGUACCCGUACGAGUGCGAGACGCGGGCGCUCAGCUCCCCGGGGGAGCUCCAGGCAGCCAUCGACAGCAACCGGCGCGAAGGCCGUCGUCAGGCUUAUACCGCCGCCCCUCUCUACGGCUUAGCUGGGCCUACCCCUCGGGGAACUCCCGGCCAAAUCUCGGGUUCUGGCGCCGCCCCGCCCACGCCCACGCCCACGCCCAGCCCCCGUCCUGCCCAAGGCUCCGCCUGCGGCCUGCCGGCGCACGCCUGCGCGCAGCUGAGCCCGGGCCCCAUUAAAAAAGAGGAAAGCGGAAUUCCAGCCCCUCGACUGGCACUGCCUGUGGGCUUGGCUUUGGGACCUGCAAGGGAGAAGUUGGCACCAGAGGAGCCCCCAGAGAAGAGGGCUGUGCUGAUGGGGCACAUGGAUCCACCUCAACCUGGAGCUCCCCCCAGUUUCCUGCCCGGUGGCAAGGUUCCCCUGAGGGAAGAGCGGCUGGAUGGGCCUCUCAGUCUGGCAGGCAGUGGUAUCAGCAGUAUCAACAUGGCCCUAGAGAUCAACGGGGUGGUCUACACUGGUGUCCUCUUUGCCCGUCGCCAGCCUGUGCCAGCUUCCCAGGGCCCAACCAACCCUGUACCUCCACUCCCUACAGGGCCCCCUUCCAGCCCCUCACCCUGAGAACUCCCACUUGGAAUUAAGAGUCCCAGCCCCCCACAUCUUGAUUCUUCCAGGGUGCUCACUCUAGGACCCAGCCCUGGGAGAUGACCUCCACCCCCCCACCAUGCCAUGUGGGCUUGAAGCCAAAGAGGUUUGUUUUUGUUUUUGUUUUGGGGGUUUUUUUAUGUUACAUCUACCUCAUUGUAAAGGGAGAGCAUCUCCUCCCUGGCCAACCCCAGCAGCAGCUACCAAAGAGUUCUGCCCCCAGUAACCCCCAUCAUCUCCUCGUGUGCCUCCCUGUGUCAGUGUCAUCUCUAGGACCCCACCUCUUCAAAUCAGACCUGCUUCCCUUCAGAAGCCAUGUGAAGGGUUAGGUUGGGGUGUUGUGAAGGAGUCG